GUAUCGCGCGCCACGUGUGGCCCGUACGCGCACGCCGUCUUUCCAGCCCUCUCGCCUAGUCCUUCGGGAACUAGGACUCGCGCGCGCCCUUCACACGCGCACGCUGUUGCGCACGCUUCGUUUGUGCCGAUCAUCUCGCGCGCGUACUCGUCAUCGCCCAGCAUUCCUACGCCCGCGCGGAUUGGGUCAUCCGCGCUUGUCCCGCACUUGCGCGUUGUCGCGCACCCAUCGCCGCUGCCGCCUACAUCCUGCGCGUCCCUGCCACCUGCGCGAGUGCCGCGCACGCCCCUCAUGUCCGUGCCGCUCGCGCUGUCGUCCCAUGCCUCGUGCAUGCCACCCCGUAGGGAACCCGAUCACCCGGUUCCUCCCCAGGCUACGGUGGUCGCACAGUUUCUCGACUAUCACCCUGAGAAAUUCUCCGGGCAGGGAGACCCCCGUAUCGUGGACGAGUGGAUUCAUGUCCUUGAGUUGAUCUUCGAGGUCAUGGAUUGUCCAGACAGAUAUCGCGUAAUCUGCGCUCAGCUUCAGCUAACUGGUGAUGCCCGGCUCUGGUGGAAUGCCUACUGGAGCAUGCGUCCUGGCGAGAAGGCGGGAUAUACAUGGGAUAGGCUCAAGGAGCUGAUCCGCGAGAAGUACUUCCCCACCUACUACAGAGCAGAGAUGGAGCGUCAGUUUCUGUCGCUCAAACAGGGUACUCGAUCCGUCGAUGAGUACGAGAGAGAGUUUACUAGACUUGCAGCUUUUGUUCUGGACCUGGUUCGCACGGAGGCACAGAGGGCACAGCGCUUCAUUGACGGGCUUUACCCAGCAGUCUGUCACAACAUUGUAGGUCGCGGGACUCAGACGUAUGCUCGUGCUGUUUCGAUUGCCCAGGAGGUGGACGCCAGCAUCAGAAGGGAGCCCGUCCAUGAUCGUUUUCAGCCAUCCGCCCCUGCUCA